AAGAAAAAAGUGGACAAUUUAAGGUGUUCGACAGGGCAUACUAGAUAUACUAUAGAGGAACUGUUAAGAGAUAAAGAAGACUCCGUUAUUCCCGCUACUAUUCCUUCUUUUCCGAAUUUUUCUUGGUGGCAAACUUCACCUGUUAACAACCCUCUGAGACAAGUUGCUCUCUUAACGUUUGGAACUUUGCAGGCGGAUGCCUCCUAUUUUACAUCGAUGAAAGAUGAAAUUUUCUCUCCAGUCCGAUCGAACAUUCUACCUUUAGUUAUGGAUCGAUCUCCAUGGUGGGACAUUAAUUACCAUAGCUCAGAGACCGAAUUUUCAAAACAACUUUAUGCUCUUCCUUGUCCGUUUAUACAUCAAUCUAAGCAUUGCCCUUCUGCAUGCCAAGAAAUGCCAUCGCCUCCAAUUAGAAGGUUAAACGCUAAUCAAGAUCAAUGUCUCCCUCAAAACGCAACAAGUAUAACCGAUUGCUUCAAAAUGGCGAAAUCCAGGAUUAUGACAGAUAAAAGUUAUUUAUGUAAACAAUGCGGUAAGACUUUCAAGCGUUCCUCUACCCUUUCGACUCAUAUGCUGAUUCAUUCUGAUAUCAGACCCUAUCCUUGCCAGUAUUGUGGAAAGAGAUUUCAUCAGAAAUCAGAUAUGAAGAAACACACAUACAUUCACACAGGAGAAAAACCUCAUAAAUGUGUAGUAUGCGGCAAGGCUUUUAGCCAAUCUUCAAAUUUAAUUACUCACACUAGAAAACAUACAGGGUUUAAGCCUUUCGCAUGCUAUACUUGUGGAAGAGCUUUUCAGAGAAAAGUGGACUUGAGACGUCACCGUGACACUCAGCAUGCAAAAAGUUCUAUUCUCUCCUCAGAAGGAAAAACUCACGAAUUGUUUUCGAGUGAAACAAGAUGGAAUCGCGACAUAUUUCCCACUUUAGCUGCAAAUUGUAGCAAUUUUGAAGGAUUUCAUUUGCUAACUGAUUAAGUAUUCUGUAAUUGUCUAAUUGUAUUGUUGUUGUAUAUUGCUGGUGAUGUGGACCAAUAUUAUAUUAAUGAUGUGUA